AUAGAUCUUGUAAUAAAUGUACACUGGAUCUUUAUGCUACGACACAUUAGUCAUGCAAAGAGCAGGUGAACCUAUGCAGUGCACAUGCAAAGCAGGAUGAGAAGCCGACUGGUCACAUAUGCUGUGUCUAUGCUGUGAUGUCAUCUGCCGGAAGAUGCAGGUUCGUGCGCUGACUGUAUUCCAGUGAAAGGCGUUUGACAGCUUGUCGUAAUAAAGGAAAUGGGAGCGAAGCGAUUGCAUUACUCAUCUCCAUGGAGCGCCAUAUAAUGCGGCAACCCUCAAACAACACGUUUUAGAGGAAAAUGGUGCCCAGUUCAACGAGUGGUUAAUAACAGACAGCCUAAUUCUUUCCCCAUUACAAUCGCUAUACUGAGAGCUUCGACCUUGCUUGCUUGGUGUGGCCAUGAAUCCGGCGGAACAAACGGUUACUUGGCUCAUUACGCUCGGGGUUUUGGAAUCACCAAAAAAGACCAUUUCGGACCCCGAUGGAUUUCUGCAGUCUUCGCUAAGGGAUGGGGUCGUCCUGUGCAGGCUGCUGGAGCGGCUGCGUCCAGGCACUACUGAUAAAAUCUAUCAGGAUCCCAAGAACGACAGCGAGUGCUUGAGCAACAUCACGGAGUUUCUCAAGGGCUGCGCGGUGUUUCGCGUCGAGCCUUUUGAGGCUGGUGACCUGUUUCAGGGCCACAACUUCAGCAGAGUCCUCACUACAUUGGUUGUCCUCAAUAAAGUCACUGCAGAUAUUGGCAUAGACAGCGACUCUGUAUGUACCCGUCACUCUUCUGCCCAUCGGAUCAAGUCCUUCGAAUCACUGGCCUCCCAGUCCUCACUGGGCCGAUCCUCUAAAUUGCUCCAUAACCAGUUCCGCAGCCUUGUGAGUAACACUGGGGACAUGACGGAGAACAGUAACGCUCAGUUAGUGGUUAAAGCUCGCUUCAACUUCCAGCAGACCAAUGAGGAUGAGCUUUCUUUCAGUAAGGGUGACAUCAUCAACGUUACUCGCACGGAAGAAGGGGGUUGGUGGGAAGGAUCCCUCAACGGCAAGACAGGCUGGUUUCCAAGUAAUUAUGUCCGAGAGGUUAAAGGGUCUGACAAACAAGUGUCCCCUAAAUCUGGAACUCUUAAAAGCCCUCCCAAAGGUUUUGAUACCACAUCUAUCAGUAAAACCUACUACAACCUGGUGCUACAGAACAUUCUAGAAACUGAAACUGAAUAUUCAAAGGAGCUCCAGAACCUUUUGACUAACUAUCUGAGACCUCUACAGAUGACAGACAAACUGAGUCCCUCAGAUGUAAGUGUCAUUCUCGGGAACCUGGAGGAAAUCAGCACUUUCCAGCAGACUCUGGUCCAGUCACUGGAGGACACUACCAAGCUUCCAGAGCUACAGCAGAGAGUGGGAGGGUUCUUCCUGAAUCUCAUGCCCCAGAUGAGGUCUCUUUACGUGUCUUACUGCUCUAACCACCCAUCGGCAGUCAGUAUUCUCACCGAUCACAGUGAGGAGCUCGGGGAGUUCAUGGAGGGGAGGGGUGCGUCGAUACCAGGCAUUCUCACGCUCACCUCUGGCCUCAGCAAACCCUUCAUGAGACUUGACAAAUAUCCCACGUUACUUAAGGAACUGGAGAGACACAUGGAGGAGGGUCAUCCAGACAGGACUGAAAUUCAGAAAUGUAUGACGGCUUUCAAGAAUCUCUCUGCACAAUGUCAGGAGGUGCGGAAGCGCAAGGAGCUCGAGCUUCAGAUCCUGGUUGAGACGAUUCGCCUGUGGGAGGGGGAAGACAUCAAGACCCUGGGUUCAGUGCUGUAUAUGAGUCAGGCCAUGGUCCAGAACCACGGCUGUGAGGAUAAGCAUGAGCGUUACCUUCUGCUGUUUCCUCAUGUUUUGCUCAUCCUGUCUGCUAGUCCCAGGAUGAGUGGCUUCAUCUACCAGGGCAAGCUACCUUUGAGCGGGAUGACGGUGACCCCAUUAGAAGACUGUGAAAGUCAUAAAAAUGCUUUUGAGCUCUCAGGAAGCAGGUUUGAGAGACUUCAGGUGAUCUGCUAUAACAAACAGGAUCUGCAGGACUGGCUCGAGCAUCUGAACCGACAGACCAAGCACAACACCAUGGCGGCUCCCAGCAUGAAACCCCUCAAUGUUCCCUGCCACACACUCCCGUCUCACCCUCUGACGCCGUCCAGACAUGCAGAAAGCCGGGGCCUGACAGUUGCUCCUGCCUACCACACCUUACCACACCCCUCCUCUCAUGGGGCCCCUCACAGCACCAUGAUGUGGGGCCCCCUGGAGCCCCCUAAAACUCAGAAGCCCUGGAGCCUGAGCUGCUUGCGUCCAGCACCCCCACUCAGGCCCUCAGCUGCUCUCUGCUAUAAAGAGGACCUCAGUAAAAGCCCCAAGACUAUGAAAAAGCUGCUGCCCAAGAGGAAGCCAGAGAGGAAGCCGUCCGAUGAGGAGUUUGCACUGAGGAAGAGUACUGUAGCUUUGGAGGAAGAUGCUCAGAUCCUGAAAGUAAUCGAGGCCUACUGCACGAGUGCCAAAACCAGACAGACUCUGAACUCAACAUGGCAAGGCACUGAUCUCAUGCAUAACCACGUUUUGGAUCAAUCCAGUGUGGACUCUCUGGGCCGCCGUAGCAGCAUCUCAAGGCCCGAGACCACCUCGGACCUCUCAGAGGACUCUGACUAUGACAGUAUAUGGACGGCCCACAGUUACAGGAUGGGCUCUGUUUCCCGUAAGAGCUCCUACAUCUCCCACCAAAAUUAAACUUCCCCUCACUCCUCGUACUUCAAGUGACUUUAUAUUUAUUUGAAACUAUUUAUUUAUUUAACAAACUGUCACUGUAAUGCAUAUUUAUUUUGUUCAUUUUUAUUUAUUUAUUUUUUCAGUGUUGUAUUAAUCACAGUUCAUCAUUAUUUUCUGCAUAUAUAUGCACUUUCCCAAAGCAGUUCCCUGUUGCCUUGACAUCUGAACUCCCCCUAAAACCACCAACCUCACUUAAAGGUGCUGUAUGUAGGACUGAUUAUCAGACUUGAUGCACAGACAGGUUGCCAGAUUGACGACACGAACAGGAACGAGCGCACUUGACAAUGAAUGAAAUGGAAAACGCUGUGUUUUCCGCCAACUGGCAACCCGGGUGCUGAAAUACAAUUGGGUAAACUGGCAGUGGGCGGGGUUUCACAAACCAAAACAAUGACAGACAUUCCAGCCUGGAACGCACAUUUUCAAAGGAGAGUAACUGACUGUAGAAUUGUUUUUCAGAUAAACAAGUAUGUUAACUGAGCAUGUUUCUUAAAUAUCUGCAAACAUAUUAUGGUAUUUUUUCUUUAGUAGAGUCAAAAACUUACAUACAGCACCUUUUAACUGAGUUUUUUUAUUUUUUAUUUUAUUUGUUUGUCUCGCAUUUGUUAUUAAUUUAAGUGUCCUUUAAAAAAUGAUGUUUUCAUUCCCUCAUUCCUGGAUGUGUUUAAUUAUUAAUGCUGUUGAAGGUACGAUGCACUCUGAAGGCAACGAGGACAGGUUCUGCUUUAAAAGAAAAAAGAUGCUAAAAUCUCUUAAUGUUUCUGUAAAUAUUAGAGUAUUGUCAUUCAUCUGAAAUGUGUGGUAUUAACUUGGACUUUGUUUACUGAAUGUGAACAUUAGAUUGAAAUGAGAAGUUGGGUUUUUUACUAGAGAGCUUCACGAAUGAGAAGAAUUCAUAACCAUGGUUCUCAGAUGGCACCACGGACAGUAUUACUGGAGACGUUUUGUGCAUACUUGCGUGAUAUAAAUGUAUUUAUUUUCAACUUGUAAAUGCAUUUCAAAUGAUUUGGGACUUUUUGUAUGCUUGUAUCUAACAUGUAAGUUUAUAGUGGUGUCUAUGGUUAAAAACAUAUGGAAGUUUACAAAAAAUGUUGAAUUUAAUGUUGGUUUAAAUUCUAUUAGAAUCCAUUCAAAUCAGGUGUGUGGAUGGUAAUAGUCAAGAGUUCUUCACUGUUCAUUCGAGACUCAGUGUUUGAUGCUUUUCCUCUUUUAUGUAUGACGUGUUUAUGAGACAAAACAAGAAAACCGACCUGCCAAUUAUUUCAAUAAUGACAAAGAGUAUAAUUCCUCAUGUUAUGUGAUUUCUUGUGACCAAGUUCUAUUCUGUGGUAAAAAAAAAAAAAGAACAAGAAAAUAUGAAUUUACUACCUUUUUGUCGGUUGUUUCAUUCAGAUGUUCUUAAAAUAGCUCAACAGAGAUGAUUCAGUGAUGUUUACGUGGUUUGAAAUUAAGACAUUAUUGUGUUUGUUAUAUAUAUGCAGAGUCAAAUAUAUGACAAAAUACAACAAACAUUGUAAUAUACAUUUUGAAUAAAUCUUGGGUUGUUUUGUA